AUGAUAUCUUCAAAACUCGCGUCUAAAUUUACAUCUAGAAGUAUCCGACUGCCAGACGGCUCAUCCUACAAAUGCGAGAAAAAGAUUAAGGCUCACUCCGAAAGUGAUUGCUUGGAUGUGGCCGCAUACCUUGGAUGCCAAAACGAUUGGUACUUGUUCUUUAUAUCGAAGACCGAAGAUGAAUUAUGUUUACUUCCUUCUUGUUUUCCACUGUCUGUCGACCAUCUACAUGGCAAGAUUACCAGAUUGUAUUUCCUUUUUUUCCUAUGCGACAUGUGUGCUACAAAGCGCAUUCAACCCCAAAACUCACAGGACUUAUCGGACAUAAACGUCAUCAAUGACAUCAUUGUAACAAACCGCAAUGGCCUUAAAACCAGUUCAGAUGAUCGACUAGCCUCGCGAGCUAUUUUGGACUCGGAUGAGGCCGUCAAUCGACUACUCUCCACCUUACUGUCAAUUCCAUCAUUGACAACAGAAACGUUUUCUGUCAAAGAUCACAGCGGAACGGCGUAUGAUUUGGAUUUAUCCUGUGAUUGCAUGGUUCUAAAGCCGAAAUUCAAUGCGAAUCAUUCAGUCAAGAUACCCUGGAACCUGCUGGGUGAUGCGCGCUCUGUAAAAUCCUUCGUUCUCAUUCCUUACUGCGGAAGUGUGGAUCCGGCUUCCCCGUUGGUCUCAUUUAUUAAACACUCAAGACCGAAACGCAGUCUGAGCUGCCACCGAGGUUCUCAUCAGUUGCAUUCUGCUCAUGGUGUUGAACGCGCCGACCCUUCAAGUGAUAAUACUUACAUCAACUUCAUUUCCACGGAUGCUCUAACAGCGGAACGGUUGGCCUACCGCUUGCGCGCAACUCGCGCCUAUAUUUUGCGGCUGAAAUUGGAUGCCGGUGAAACGAAUCCAUCGGAACGGCGAAUUCAGCGUUCUGCUUCAUUUUCGAACUUCAAUCGGCAACUCAGGCACACUCUACGGCGUAUUUCACUACCUUUCGUUAAGAAGCUCAAAACAAAGGAGAGACCAAGUGCACCUGAUCACCGUAAUCUGGACGGUGCUGGAGACAUGUCGCUCGCAUCCGCCGAAUUCAUCGACGCUGCCCCAGUCUCAUCUUCCACUUGCCCCCAAUCCACUUUAGUCAAGGUUGAUGGGGACAGGCCAUUUCUGUCGGAUUCUUUAGACAGCUGUCCUCUGGGGUACAGGAAUCAAAUCUUCACAACCCACAGCAUAGCUCCCUUACAUGCUUCGGCCACUCCAAUUGCAGCAGGAGAAGCUGAAGCGGAAUUGGAUGUCUCUAUGGAUCCCUUACUGAGGCCUGUGCUCAACGCACCCUCUUUAUCUCUGAUGGGACCAACCACGGUUGAAAUAACUGCUGUUGAAAAUAGUUUAAGCUCGUUCGUUGCAAACACAGCCCCGGAGCCUACUUACUCCAUGGGAAUCAAAGCAAUAGGAAUGCCACCUUUUUCAGCUCUACCUACGCGCUUUACAACCUCGGGGGACACAUUGCCUAUUUCAUCUCUUCCGAUCGGUGCCUGCGACUCGUCACCCAUAUCAUUGAGGCCGAAUGCAAAGGAAGACGCGACGUUCCACCACGCACCGUCUAAUAGGUCUUCCACCGAUUUCAACGACACUCAACCCUGCCCUCUCCAAGUCAACAACGAUUUACGCUUGAAACCCGUUAUUCCUGCUGAAUCACAAGAACAGACUCCUGCCCACGCCACUAACAAUUACGUCACAUCACUUGCUGAUGAUUUCAACUCUGCUGCAAAGGACAACCAGAGGUGGGAAGAUACGAAACCCAUAUCUGUUUCCGUUGAAGUGACACAAUUGGGACUCAACUAUGGCCAACCGACCUCAUCUUCGGUUACCGUUUCCUGUACUGUUCCGCAAAUUGCGUCUACCGAAGAACCUCUAAAGCCUUCCGGACCACUCGUUACCCCGACUUUUAGCUCAACGACUCCCGCGCCAACAUUUUCUGCUGUCAGUCAGGAUAAACCCCUCUCUGUCAAGCCGACCGAUAAGCCUUUCACCUCGAACCUGCCUCAUGAAACUACUAUUUCAUCAUCGGAAUUUACCCCUAAAGUUGCCCAUACGGCUCGAAAUGGGGCACCCAAUGCACGUGAUUCCCAGGUCACACCGGGCACCGAGACAUUAAAUACCCCUCCUGAAGCUACCUCAGUGACUCAAAGCAAGCAGCUGUUGUCUGAUGCUACUCCUGGCAUUACUGUUACAGUCGAAUCACCACAGAAAGCUACGUUUGGGUCACGAAUCAAACCUCCAUCUAUUCAGCCUCGUGUAUCCAGUAACACAUUUGACGUGCUUGCCCGCACGCCAGAGUUUCCCGUGCCUUACGUACCAGCGAACCAACAUGCCCCAUCGGCUUCAGACACCACUGGAUUGCCUGAACCUAAGAUGCUUUACCAAACGCGAAGUGGACAGAUGGCAAACCAAUCAGAUACCAUGGCCCACGCGUCAUCGUCGAUUAAGUUUUCGCGCCAGUCCCCUGCGGGUCCGUUAGUCACUAGCUCAAAAUCCGGCACGCCUCCCACUCCCGUGCGAAGCACCUCAACAGUUACAUCCGUUUCGCCCGCCCAUCCUGAAAGCGCUCUACACACAGUUCAUUGCGCCCAUAUGAGCUCUCGAAUCAGGCCUCCUAGCAUUGAUCCAGGACCUCGUUUUAGGACCACCGUCACGGACAAUGAUUUUAAGGAUGUUACGUCCUGUGCUUCAAAUCAGCCUACUAAUCCCAACAGCACCAGCGCAUAUCCCAAUAACGCUCUUCCAUCACGCAAUAUUCCUCAACCCACCCCUCUUCCUUCACUUGAGGGAAAUAUUUCUAUCACCACUUCCUUUGGAUCGCAUCUGAGACAUCCGAUGCCCACUCCGUCAAGUGGCAUAAGGCCACCUGCCGUACGUUUACCGGCUCCCGGAAUUCCAAGUAAAUCUAGCACCCAUUCAUCCCUUGGCACCUCGCAAGCACCAGUUGUUCAAGGGGCUAAUGUUGGAGCUUAUACACCAACGAUGAUUGAUUGCACACACUAA